AAACUCUGAAAACGAUCGCUAACACUGUCUCUUCAAUAAAACACAAAUCAAAACCAAAUUCUUCAAAAAAAUUCGCAAAUCUACAGUCUCGCUUCUCAAAGCAGCAAUCUACAAUCAAACCCUCUUGCCAAAAGUCCUGAAAUUCAAGAAUCCAUCACCAAAACCCUGAGAAAAUCAAAGAAAAUGGUGUAUACUUACACACCCACAUACUACUCUUCACUUCAUGACUCAAUCGCUUCUCUUUGCAAGACCAUUCUGCCACUUUCAUUCAAGAAGAGGCGGUGGUUGCCAGCGGUGGAUCACAAGCUAGCGAAGCAGCAAUCUGAUAAUCUCAAGUGGCAGCAGGAUUCGUUCCACCAGAUUUUGAACUUGAUGGGACUGCACAAAGAGGGGAUUCUUGGUGAAAGUGAAGUUGCUGCGUUUAGAGCUAGUUUGCUUGAGACCCUUAUAGCUUCUCCAGCUGAACAAGAACAGGCUGUUAUUUUGAGAGAUAAGUUGGUGUUCUUGCAGGAGCUUCUUUAUGCGAAAUGCAUUUCGGUCGAUGAGUACCAUUCUUCGAAGAGGCCAUUGUUACAGCGGUUGGCAGUACAAGGAGCUGAGAUUGAGGCAAGAGAUGUGAUUGUUGCGAAUCCAAAAGAUGGAAAAGAUAACUCAGAAGAAGAAUGGUCAGUCAUUGACUUGAAGGAUGAUGAGAAAGGCCAAAUGAGCAAGGAAAAUUUGCAUAUGAAGAACAAGUUGAAGCACAACAUCUCUGCAAUGAGGCAAAUCAAGGAAGCAGCUUCAGUCUUUAGCUUUGGAUCAUCUCAGAAAAAACAUGGAGAAGAGAAGCAUAAAGAAAACCCUGUCUGGGAUAGUCAGUUGAAGCAUAAAGAAAGCGAAACACAGUCAAUUCUUAUGCAGGAAAGCUUACAGAAUGAGUCAUCCAUCAAAGGAAAUGGUGGCAACAGUGUUAAAAAGGCUAAGAGAAAACCCUUUAGAACUUUGUUUCAUAGAGAGGGACAUGGUGGAGGUGAAAAUGGUGUUGAUUUUGAGGAGAGAGCAUCAAAAUGGGCUAAAAAACAAUGGGGAUUUGAGGGUUUGAAGAAAUGGAAGAGAAAUGAUUCAGAGGAUGAGACUGCACCUCUGCCUCUCAGUGAAAGAUCAGACUCAGAAGCUUAUUUGGAAUCCUGCAAGCUUGUUUCAAGCCCCAUUGGAGAGGGACCCAACACAAGAGAUAUCAAGAAGAAGUUGCAUUCAAAUGGCUCUCCAUCAGAUUUCUUCAUUGACAAGGUUCUAGGGGACAAGAUAAAGAAGGAGUUAUCCAGAAUUCAAUCAGAACUCAGCACCACAAACCCAAAUCUAAAAUUCUCGAAUGAUCAAAUUGAAGCAAUUUCCACCAAGCUUCCCGUGGACAAAGCUGACCUGAAAAAGUUCUUUCCCAAGUCAUGGUGUGAUAGGUAUGGUGAUGUUGUAUUGGAUGUGGUGAAGAAAGAAUUCAAGGACCAUGUAGGAGAAAUGGAGAGUAUGCGAAAUGCUGCCAGAGAGAAGCAUGGCAACUCAUCACGAUGGACGACAUUUGAAGAUGAUGAUGUUGAUGAAAAUUGUCACCCAAAUCUCUUUGCUCACCAGGAUCGUUCAUUUGAAGUUAUGAAGAAAAAAUUUACUUCUUAGAAUGGUGAAAGCAGCCACCAAUAACCUGGAAAAGAAUCCCUUUUUCCAGGAUUGUAAUGAGAAAAAUGUAUGCAACCUGAGGACUGAACCAGCCUUUUCAGAAGAGCAUAAUCCAUUCUGGACACCAACUCAUGGAUCUUCUUUGUUGAAAUAGCUGAAAGCAGGCAGUGUUGUUAGUAUCUUCAUAUAAAUACUUGCUUCUCUUAUUUUGUAAGAACACUAUUCUUCAAGGUAGUACUGCGGAAGUUUACUUGUAAAAGGAAGAUUAUACA